GGCUCCCAGGACAGUCACACACUUGGCCUCUGUGGUGCUCUGUGGCCUGGCUGGGGGAUGGGGGUAUGCACAAUCUGAGGACACACUGGAAUAUUCAGUACGUGCUCCGUGGAAGCAGACCCAGCUGGAAAAGCAGCCUACCCCACAAAGGACCCCUCAGGAAUGAAGCCGCUUUUCAGGUUCCGAGGCGCUGUGGGCUCUCUUGCUCUCCUUAAAUAGUCAGGCCUCCCUCCUACGGCUACAAGGAGUCCACCUGGAGCACCACCCACGGCCGGCUCACCGCUCGCCUGCCUCCCGUCCUUGCCCUCCUGGGUCAUCUGCAAGAGCUCUGUUCCGCUGUUCUGCUUUUAGCCACACCAUGAAUGGCCUGGAGACAGCCCCACCGAGUCUGACUGACAACUCCUCCCUAGCUUACUCUGAGCAAUGUGGACAGGAGACCCCACUAGAGAACAUGCUCUUCGCUUGCUUCUACCUUCUGGAUUUCAUCCUAGCCUUUGUGGGCAAUUCUCUGGCCCUGUGGCUUUUCAUAUGGGACCACAAGUCAGGCACCCCGGCCAACGUGUUCCUGAUGCACCUGGCUGUGGCCGACUUGUCCUGUGUACUGGUCCUGCCUACCCGGCUGGUUUAUCACUUCUCCGGGAAUCACUGGCCAUUUGGGGAAAUCCCAUGCCGGCUCACCGGCUUCCUCUUCUACCUCAAUAUGUAUGCCAGCAUCUACUUCCUCACCUGCAUCAGCGCCGACCGGUUCCUGGCCAUCGUGCACCCAGUCAAGUCCCUCAAGCUCCGAAGACCUCUAUAUGCCCACCUGGCCUGUGCCUUCCUGUGGGUGGUGGUGGCUGUGGCUAUGGCCCCACUUCUAGUGAGCCCCCAGACGGUGCAGACCAACCACACAGUUGUCUGCCUGCAGCUGUACCGGGAGAAGGCCUCCCAUCACGCCCUGGCCUCCCUGGCUGUGGCUUUUACCUUCCCUUUCAUCACCACGGUCACCUGCUACCUGCUGAUCAUCCGCAGCCUGCGCCAGGGCCCCCGCAUAGAGAAGCACCUCAAGAACAAAGCUGUCCGCAUGAUCGCUAUGGUUCUGGCCAUCUUCCUCAUCUGCUUUGUGCCCUACCACAUCCACCGCUCAGUCUACGUGCUUCACUACCGCGGCGGCGGCGGCGGCGGCGGCGGCGGGAUGUCCUGCUCUGCUCAGCGCGCCCUGGCCCUAGGGAACCGCAUCACCUCGUGUCUCACCAGCCUCAACGGGGCCCUGGACCCUGUCAUGUACUUCUUCGUGGCUGAGAAGUUCCGCCACGCCUUGUGCAACUUGCUCUGCAGCAAACGGCUGGCAGGCCCACCUCCCAGCUUUGAAGGAAAAACCAACGAGAGCUCCCUGAGUGCCCGAUCCGAGCUGUGAGCCUUGAACUGUGUGAGCCUUGAGCUGUGAGCCUUGAGCAAGGAGGUCCUGUCACCAGGCCAGCUGUAGACUGUUGUAGGAGGACCGGCUCUCCACUGGGGCACACGCUCGAGACCAGAGCCAGCUAAAGAAGUCUAUGCUCCCUCGCCACUUCCUGAGCAAAUAAACUAACAUGUCAGCAGCUCUUGCCCUGCUCCAAGGUCUUAACGGCAAGGCCAUCCAGUCUGAGCAACUCCACCAAGAGGUGGGGACUGACUACAGGAUGCCCUGCCCACCCUUCCACAGGGACUGGGUUGGCCUGCCUUAUUUACAGCUCCCAGACACUCAGUGACUUCACUGGUACUAAAUAGGAAAGGGAGCCACAGGGACAUUUCUGGAACAAUGGAGAUCUUUCUUCCCCACGAAACUUCCAGCUUCCUUCAUACUGCAGAGGCCCACAGCAACAAAGCCCGACAGAAUAACCCAGAAAGCAAGCUGCCCAGGACCCCGAAAAGGAAGCAGCACAAAUCUCAAUGGGACUAGAGGGGCAUCUAAUAUUUCCUUUGAAGUGCCUGGUAUAUCGCGUAUCCCUACAGAGUCCUUGCCUGCCUUGGGAGGUGAUCUCGUUCCGAGCUUGGGGGACACAGACUCUCUAAUAGCCACACAUGAGCACAUUUCAGCCUGACUGCAAGUGAGUCCAGCAAACACAGCUCUGGACUCCCCUGCUGUAACCCUGUUCCCACAUCUGCCUCCAGCCUGACAACGUCUGGAGUUUCUCAGUAGAAGGUGGCCUGGUCAGGCAUAUGGCAUAGAUGGACAGCCAUUAGAGCCCGCUGCAGGCAGGGAGUCAGGUGUGUGAGCCUGUCUCCAGCUCACUCAAACCCUGCCUGGCUUUGAACUGUUGAACUUGUCAGCAUGUGUUGACCAUGCUAAUGUAUCCUUUUUGUAAUUGUUUGUACUACUCUUAAACAUAAUCAAGCCUUAAGGUAAAGGAAAUUAUUAUGCUAA